UUUUGCUGCGCUGCUGCCACGUCGGCGGCUCUUCUCUUGGUUUAUUACCUGGUAUACUUGGAAACCACGAUAGCAAGUUCCCCUCGGUGGACAAUUUCUCAAGAACUUCACAAUCGGACAAGUAAACGAAGAUACUUAGUAUACUCCUGUGCUGCUCAAGAUCACGCAGUUGGAAGAGCGACUUUUCCUGGCAUCAGCACGGAUCUCCUGGCAUUCGAGGAAAUUCUCCAUCAAGACGUGCUGUGGUGCUCGCUGCAUCGAGUCCGGAGGAAGAAAUACCCGCCAUCAUGGUCUAUAUCCGGCAGGAACAGCUGCCAAAGCUGAAAGAGUAUAAAUACUCCGGCGUCGAUCGAAGUCUCGUCUCCCGCUAUGUCCUCAAGCCAUACUGGUGGAGCCAAGUCAUCGAGCUCUUCCCUCUCAGCAUGGCUCCCAACGCCAUCACCCUGACCGGCUUCGGAUUCGUCAUCAUCAACAUCCUCACCAUGCUCUACUACACCCCGACCCUGGACCAAGAAUGUCCCUCCUGGGUCUACGCCAGCUGGGCCAUCGGGCUCUUCCUCUACCAGACCUUGGACGCCAUCGACGGCACCCAGGCGCGGAGGACAGGCCAGAGCGGUCCGCUCGGCGAACUCUUCGACCACGGCGUGGAUGCGCUCAACACGAGUCUCGAAGUCCUGCUGUUCUCCGCCGCCAUGCAGUUCGGGCAGGGGUGGCGGACAGUGCUCACGCUGUUCGCGUGUCUCUUGACCUUUUACGUGCAGACCUGGGAUGAGUACCACACCAAGACCCUCACGCUGGGUCUGAUCUCGGGUCCCGUCGAGGGCAUCCUGACGCUGGUCGUGGUCUACGCCAUCACCGCGUACACCGGCGGCGAUUACUGGAAGAGCGCCAUGUUGCCUGCUCUUGGGGUGCCGCAGAUCGCUCUCAUUCCGGAUUCGUUGUACGAGUUGGAUUUCGGAGGGUGGUAUAUGUUCUACGGCGCACUGGUCUUGGUCUUCAACACUGUUGGCGCCGCAUCGAACGUCAUGUCCGCGCGUCGCGAACGCGGCGAAAACGCCAACACCGCCCUCCUCGGCCUCGUCCCUUUCUUCACCACCUGGGCCCUCAUCACAUCUUACCUAGCGCUCCAGCCCAGCAUCCUCCACAACCACCUGAUCCCCUUCACUCUCUACGUCGGCCUGAUCAACGCAUACAGCGUAGGCCAGAUGAUCACCGCACAUCUGACCAAGUCGUCCUUCCCCUACCAAAACGUGCUCGUCCUCCCGCUGGUCUACGGCGUGCUCGACUCCCUCGGCCCGGUCCUCUCCGCGAAAUUCGGCUUCGGCUGGCCCAGCGCGCUCGGCGACGGCGUCUACCAGGUCGCCUUCCUCUUCACCUGUUUGGGCUUCGCGGUCGGCGUGUACGCGAGCUUCGUCGUCGACGUCAUCGUGAACAUCUGCGAUUACCUGGACAUUUGGUGCUUGACGAUCAAAUACCUUGGCGAGGAGAAGGGAAAGAAGAAGCAGUAGUCGUGACAUGAAGCAGGAGAGGGGAAGGGAGGGAGAGGGGGAUAUGGUGAGGUGGUGGAUGGAUGGUUGAUUUUUUGGAGGGAGGAAGUGAGGGGGAGAGUGAAACGGAUCAUGAGAAUAGAAUGUAUACGAGUCUGUUUUUUUUCUUCUCAUUUCUGCUUUUCUGAUCGAACGGAGUCGGGAAACCUAUCGCUUCGACCGGUGUCGUGGCGUUGUCGCGAGAUAGAUCAGAUGGGGAAGUUUGUUUUUUUGUCGGUCGAAGACGAGCCAAAGAGUACGGAUGAUCAUAGUCUUUUGAUUUUUGAUCUUUUUUGUUACCUACAGUAUCGGCGACGUUGUGCACGGGUUUCUCUUGUUGGAAGACAUCGGCUCUUGAUCAC